AUGAAUCAAAGUGACAGCGAGGUAGCGAAUGAUUGCAGGAAUAAAUUUUUCAGAUCUGUAGGUCAUUAUGAUGUUACCUUUCCCCUGCCAAAGCAUUACUCAGGUGAGAUCAGGGCCCCGCGCACGUCCUUCGCCUUUCGAAACCCAAAUAUGGAUUCUUUCGCAUCCAACGCCCCUUACCCUGUUUCUGCUCUAUCUUUGGCUCCACAAUUAGAUUCUAUAAAUGACAUCCGGCAAAACCACACAAAAGACUGUUAUGGAUUUCCACCGUCUUCGGAUGCCAUACUCCCUCUGAGAGGAUUGACACACCAUUCAGGGGGGCCAAAUAUCGCAGUUCACCAAUCCUCUCACACCAUACAUGUCAAAUUAAAUAAACUAGUGAAUACUGCCUCAUGUGACUCCUCCUCUCUUUCUAAUCCUUUUUGCCAGAAAUUGGAUCCUCACAACGAGAUCGACCAACACGCGACCACAAACAGCCCUUCAAAGUUUGAAAAGGGCAAAUACGGUGAGAAUACCAUAGAACAUUCCCUUCACACUCUCCUUUCCGAACCAGCAACAACUUCGGAGAGGUUUGCAAAUGAAAAAAUUCCACCUGUUCUGGAGUCUACGCUCAACAAGAUGGACUCCUCUCAGCGGGCAGUGGUAUGCUACAACCCUAAUUCGCCCUUACUUAUUAAAGCGGGAGCGGGAAGUGGAAAAACACAAACGUUGGCUGUGCGUGUAGCCUUUCUCCUCUUAAACGAUGUUCCCGCUCAGAAUAUUCUCAUCAUCUGUUUUGCCCGUCAAGCCACGGAAGCGAUUCGGAAGCGCGUUCAGGCAGUUCUGCCGGUUAUGCUGCGUAAACAAGGGAACUUACUGACAAUUGAUACCCUUCACGCCUUCGGACAUAGAUGCCUACGUCAUCAUGGAGAGAUAUCAAACGAGGUUGAUGUCUACGAUAAUGCUAAACAGAGACAACUAACGAAAUUUAUUAUGGAGCGCGAAGCAGUGGAAGACCAAAGCGAAAAAGCCGUUAAAAAUUUCGUCAGGUACGUGGAUAUGAAAAAAAAAAGUGUCCUCGUGCCAGUGCAGUCAAACACGAUGGACCAAAACGCAUAUUUGUUUCAGCAUUACGAGCAUGAGCUACAUGAGGCGCGACGUGCGGUGGAUUUUGGGGACCUAUUGUGUAUGCUUUUGAAGUUAAUAAGGACUUCGAAAACUCAGGAAAGCAGCAACCCCCCUGUCAGUAGGAAUCUGAGGUCUGCUAAGGUUACCGUGGGAGCUGAACAUCAGGGCCAUCCUGUACUGCCUUUCUUCAAGAAUAGUGAAAACGGGGAUGUCGUGCUUACCUCGAGCAUUCUAUCCAACACACGCCCAUUUCCAUUUCAGGCGUUCACACAUAUCAUAGUCGACGAGUUCCAGGACUUCAGCGAGGUUCAGUUUGAAAUCUUGGCACUCUUGGCCGGUGAUGCAUGUUGUGUGACCUGUGUGGGAGACCCUAACCAGUGUAUUUACACCUGGAGAGGUGCGAUGUCGGAUAUUUUCGUGGCCUGGAAAAGACGCUUUCCACAAACGGUAGUAAAAACUCUAGACGUUAAUUAUCGAAGCGACUAUACGAUCGUAUCCGCGUUGAAUAGUUUAGUGUCCACAAAUCAGAAGAGUCACCACAGCAGAGAUAAUCAAAAGAUCAUGCUGGUACGCUGCAUAUCAGUCAGAGAUGCCGAGCAGGCGGUCCCGCUUAUUAUUGAAAAUAUAUUACGCGUACGAGACCCCAAGAUGGGGUAUGGUGAUAUUGCAGUCCUCUGUCGGUUGCACAACAAUGUCAACGCCUACAGCCAGCUUCUCCGCUCCAAAGACAUUCCUGUGAGGGGUCUCAAAGAGGUGGAGAUCGACAGCCACACGACUGAGAAGGCGCUUCUUGCUUAUUUGCGCUUACUCAUAUCUCCACAUGUGGAUGAGGAUGUGCGCAUUGCGUUGUGCUUUGGUCCCGACCACCUUGGCCCUCAGGCAGUGAAAGGGUUCUUUUCUUCCCUGGAUAAGCUAUGCGCAGCGCGGCGGCAUCAGGCUGCGCAACCAACGCGGACCCCGACGAUGCCCCCCUCCGUUUUUUAUUACAACAUCCUACAGGAGUGGGAGGGGUCGGACUUCUCCAAAACGCGUUUCCCCGAGCUGCGGCUCUCCAAAUCCAAUCAGGAAUCUCUGCGCGGCUUCUUCCGUGUGAUGGCUGAGGCUCGGGAGCGCCUCACCAGCGCCGUGGAGCCGUCCCCGCCACGGCCUUCCCUGAGAUGGACGGAGAGGAGGGGGGAAGGGGGGGAUUCGACCCGUCUCGCGGCCUGUGCCAAUGGGGUGGAGGCCCUCAUCCGCUUCGUUGUUACAACAGGCGGCUUCGACACGACCCCUGUGGACCUCCCAGGGUCCGCGAGUUCGCCUCUGCGUCGCUUGAAGCGCCCUCGCGGGGCCGCCAUCGCCGAGGCCACGGCCACGGCCUACUCCACCCCCGGGGGAGGCGACGCGAGGGCGGCGGAUGGGCAGGUCCCCCUUUUGGAUCGUCUUCUCAACGCGCUCAAACGAGCUGUGGCGACGAUUGGGGAGGAGAAGGGCAGGGAUUCUUCGGCCUUCAUCACCCCCUUCUUUGUCUUGCAGAGGACCCUUGAUGACUUUACGACCUUGGUGCAGGCUAGUGGCCUCCCAGCCGGGGGCGUUGUCGUGACCACGGCGCACAGCGCGAAGGGGAUGGAGUGGCCGGCGGUCAUUAUCACAAACUGCUGGGUCGGCGGGUUCCCCUACAAAAAUGAUAAUCUGCAAGAGGAAAGGCGGCUCUUUUACGUUGCCAUGAGCCGCGCCAUCUCUCAUCUUGUGCUUGUCACGGCCAAGGUGAUAACUCAAGAUUCUUGUGACGUGCAUGAGUCAUGGUCAUCCAAGAAUUUGACGGAAACACCCUUUAUUAGCAGUAUUGCCCAAAAUGAAAUCAAGGAUGUAUCGUAUGUCGAAUUGACCAUGAAUCACUUUAACAACCAGAGAAACUUAUGA